AUGGCGCAUAGGCUGCUGAGGGAUGCUGAAGCUGAUGGGUGGGAGCGUUCUGACUUCCCUAUUAUUUGUGAAUCUUGCCUUGGCGAUAAUCCUUAUGUUCGAAUGACAAAAGCUGAUUAUGAUAAGGAGUGCAAGAUCUGUACUAGGCCCUUCACAGUGUUCAGGUGGAGACCAGGACGUGAUGCAAGAUACAAGAAGACUGAGAUUUGCCAGACUUGUAGUAAGCUGAAAAAUGUGUGUCAAGUUUGCCUUUUAGAUCUUGAAUAUGGGCUGCCUGUUCAGGUCCGGGAUACUGCUCUGAGUAUCAAUUCAAAUGACGCCAUUCCAAAGAGCGACGUGAAUAGGGAGUACUUUGCUGAGGAGCAUGAUCGCAGGGCCAGAGCUGGGAUAGAUUAUGAAUCUUCUUAUGGAAAGGCGCGCCCAAAUGAUACUAUUCUUAAGCUCCAAAGAACCAAACCUUACUACCAGAGAAAUCGGGCUCACGUUUGUAGUUUCUAUGUUCGAGGUCAAUGUACAAGAGGGCCCGAGUGCCCAUACAGGCACGAGAUGCCUGUUGAAGGGGAAUUGUCUCAGCAAAAUAUCAAAGACCGUUACUAUGGAGUUAAUGACCCAGUGGCUCUGAAACUACUCAACAAGGCUGGCGAGAUGCCUUCAUUAGAGCCUCCCGAGGAUGAGAGCAUUAAAACCCUGUAUGUGGGCGGUCUCGACGCCAGAAUAACCGAACAAGAUCUGAGGGACAACUUCUAUGCCUACGGUGAGAUUGAGUCUGUCAAGAUGGUCCUCCAGCGGGCCUGCGCCUUCGUCACUUACACAACAAGAGAAGGCGCUGAGAAAGCUGCCGAAGAGCUCUCGAACAAGCUGGUCGUCAAGGGCCUACGGCUCAAGCUCCUCUGGGGCCGCCCUCAGGCCAUGAGGCCCGAACACGAGGGCCCGUCUGGGGAGCCAGGGCAGCAGCAGUCGUCUGCAGCUCACAGUGGGUUGCUUCCGCGGGCCGUCAUAUCUCAGCAGCAGAACCCUCCUCUGCCCGGUGGGCCCGGCCCACAACUGCAGCAUCCUCCGCCCGUGCCAUAUUUUAAUAUCCCACCAUUGAUGCCUCAGCAGGACAGGGCGUACUACCCAUCAAUGGACCCGCAGAGGAUGGGGGCUCUUGUGCAGGGCAGGCCAUCUGGAUCAGGUGAUAAUAGCACGGGCGGUGAGCCAGGGCAGAGCCAGCCGCCUCCGGGGCAGUUCUACCCGCCGCCUUAUUAUCCACCGUACGGUUAUAUGCAGCCGCCACCUCCGCCGGGUAAUAAUCAGCAGUAUUAUCCUCUGGGAGGCGGUGAACAGGCGGCGGCAUAUCAGCCGAAUAAUGUGCCGAGUGGAUGA